AUGGAUCCUACGCCUUUCAAAAAGCCUCGGACCGGCUCUUCGCCCCCAAGACGAUUCGAAAUCCCCCCCGCGGCGUCUUGUCCUCCUGUGCCUUCAACAAAUCGUGACGGCCCUUUUUCUCCCCUUUUCUUUUCACAUACACCAUCGAGACGGCUUGGAAGACCGGCGAGCUCGUCGCCAGACGUUGCUGCUAGCAUGCUCUCCAGGACUCGGGAAGAGCCAUCCAGUGGUGUCACGACAGUGAAACUACCCCAUGUUACUGUUAAGCCGAUGGUAUCGGCAAUAUCAGGCAGCACGCCAGGUAGCUUAAGCUCGUCUGUCGACAUAGCAGCCCCUAGUUUAAGCCCAGAUAUUCAAAUUGCCUCACCGAAUUCACAACUUAUUCAAAGCAUUGGAGCGAUUGAGCUAGUAGAGCAAGAUGACAGGCCAACAUUUCUCAUAGAUUUACAAAACGCGACGCUUGCACUUCCUAACUUGCUUUCCCUACAUAUUUUAUAUGGCAACGCAUCGCUGCGUUCAUCACCAGACCUUGUUAGACUAGUUGGAAUCGAACCUGACGAAAAUCGGGAUGCCAUCAACUACGAACGUUUCGUAUCUUGGGCAACAUCAUUGCCUAGCAGCCGAACUAGCCAGGAGUCAACUGCCCUAUAUCACGUAUACGGCGGGAUCAAUUGGACGUACACCACUAUUCGCCAACGCUUUCGUUUCAUCAGCAGCAAUGCCAACCUUGCUGGACCUUCAACUACUCGCCCGAGCUCUCCGGGGCCGCUUUCCACGGAUCCUAUUUCAAUUCCCACCAAUAGUUCCGCUGUUUCUCAACCUAUGCCAGCCACGCCGGCCAUCAACUCUAUUGAGCCUCUGGGACCACUCGAUCCUCCGGAUUACUUUGGUGACGCGAUCCCGAGUGUACAGGACGACGGCCAACUCCUGGAUGCUAUUCGAACCAAGUUGGACGAUACCGCAGCACCUUUGAAUCAUCCAGACGAGUUUACGAAUCAGGUCCUGCAGCAACUACAGCCCGUCACACAGUCUUUUGAUUGGACCAAGCUGCCACUGAAAGAUAGUCUUCCCGACCAUAUUAAAUUUGCUAAGACGACAGAUUGGGGUUCCACAGCUGUUGGACCAAUGACUGACUGGCCGUCUGGCCUGAGAACAAUGUCUAGCCUCAUCAUGGCUAGCCCUCAUCCCGCGGCCAUGUAUUGGGGCUCAGAUAUGGUGGUAAUAUACAAUGAGGCAUACAUUGCUCUGGCCGGAAAGAAACACCCUAGCCUCAUGGGCAUGAAUUAUACGGAUGCAUGGGCAGAAAUCUGGGAUGAGGUUGAACCAGUUUUUAGUAACGCCUGGAACUCUGGACAGUCGACAAUGAAACACGACAAUCGAUUAUUCAUCAAUCGCGAUGGAUUUCUCGAGGAAACAUACUUCUCCUGGGCAGUCGUGCCACUGCUGGGCAACGAAGGCGAAGUUGUCGGAUUAUAUAAUCCCUGUUUCGAGAACACCCGCCGAAAAAUCAACGAGAGACGCAUGCUCACGCUGCGUGAGAUGGGAGAGAAGGUAGCCACAGCAACAACCGUUGCCAGCUUUUGGCCACAAGUUCAAGCUGGCCUGGAGUAUAACGAAUUCGAUGUACCCUUCAGCAUAAUUUACUCGGUGCGAGAGGAGUAUGGGAGCGAAGUCUCUUCCCUUCAUUCAGGCAGUUUGUUGCCGUCUCAACUUGUCCUUGAGGGUGCUCCAGGCGUCCCCGAAGGUCAUGUGGCCGCUCCAUCGUGCUUAGAUCUGAAGUUGUCCGAUGACGGCUUUGCUGUGUAUAUGCGACAAAGCAUGGCCAUGGGCGGCGCACCAGUUGUUCUUUCCGAUGAAGCUGGCAAUCUCCCGAAACAUCUAAUAGAAGGACUUCAAUUGCGAGGUUACCCCGACCCAUGCUCAACCGUUGUCGUCUUCCCCAUUGUGCCCACCACCACAAAAGAAGCCGUCACCGGCUUUAUUGUUAUGGGAACGAAUCCUAGGCGACCAUAUGAUGACGAUUACAGGCUCUUUGUAGAUCUCCUCUCAAGACAACUAGCAACAUCUAUGGCGUCUGUGGUGCUGUUCGAGGAGGAGAUUCGCCGAGGGCAACGGGCAGCACGUCUGGCAGCCCUUGACAGACAGGAGCUUUCUAUGCAGUUGAUCCAAAGAACGCAGGAGGCAAAUGAGAGCGAGUACCGAUUUACCCGCAUGGCUGAGUUUGCCCCGGUCGGAAUGUUCAUUGCCGAUGCGACUGGAUCUAUCAACUAUUGCAAUGACAUGUGGUGGCAGAUUUCUAGGCAUACGCGGUUGCAAGAUGCUGAGAGCGGAUGGAUGGACAGCGUUCGAGACGAGGACAGACCUGCAUUAGAGGCUGCUUGGACGAAACUGGUCAAUGAAAGGGUUUCUAUCUCUCUUGAAUUUCGAUUCAAAUGCUCGCAGGAAAGUGGCGGCAUCACCAUUGACACAUGGGUGCUACUGAGUGCGUUUCCGGAGAAAACCGCAGACGGUGCUUUGAAAUCCAUCUUUGGCUGUAUUACCGAUAUUUCUUCACAGAAAUGGGCAGAAAAGGUUCAGAGCGAACGUCGCGAAGAGGCUGUCGAGCUAAAACGACAACAAGAAAACUUCAUCGACAUCACUAGCCACGAAAUGCGCAAUCCUUUAUCAGCUAUUCUACAAUGUGCGGACCAGAUUGCUAACAAUAUUUCGGUCUUUACGGCUCACAAAGACCAAGAGGAGUUGGAGAAUUUGCUAGAAGGAUGCUUGGAUGCUGCAAACACCAUCAACCUUUGCGCUAGUCACCAGAAGCGCAUUGUGGACGAUAUUCUGACACUUUCCAAGUUGGAUUCUAAUUUGCUGGCCGUUACCCCAGCGAAUACUCAACCAGUUAAAGUUGUGCAAUCGACGCUCAAAAUGUUUGAAGCUGAGCUGCUUGCUCAUGACAUCGAAUUUGAAUUCAGCGUCGAUGACAGUUUCGAAAGGCACAACGUUACCUGGGCAAAAUUGGACCCUUCAAGGUUGAACCAAGUUUUGAUCAAUCUCAUGACCAACGCCAUCAAGUUUACCCAAGGGCGUGAGCGCCGCAGCAUUAUUGUGCAGGUUGGUGCAUCAAAAGAUGUGUCUGAAUUUACCAAGACUGGAAUCUCGUACUUCAGUCGAAUUGAUAACCAACGAGCUCCUGGCAUGGAUAUCUCAGAUGAGUCGGAGUGGGGGACCGGGGAUGUCAUCAACAUACACUGCUCCGUGGAGGAUACCGGACCCGGCUUGGCGGAAGAAGAAAUGAAGCUCUUGUUCAAGCGAUUCCAACAAGCGACACCACGCACUCAUGUCCAAUACGGAGGAUCCGGGCUGGGCUUGUUCAUUUCUAGGAUUCUUACUGAGAUGCAAGGCGGCCAGAUCGGAGUCUCGUCAGUAGCAGGUGUGGGAAGCAAGUUCAACUUUUACAUUCAAUGUCGGAAAUGUGUAGAUCCUCCCGCCAAACAUGAUCACAUCUCACCGUUCAAAAUCGGACGCAAGGUCGUCCCUCCUCCUUCCCCUCCAAUCCAACAGAAUGUAUCAAAACCUAGCGGCCGGUCUCUCUCGCGAACAAACUCUACUUCAGGUACCCGAUCUCUUUUCGAUGUUCUUAUUGUCGAAGACAACAUUGUGAAUCAAAAGGUACUGCAAAGACAACUGCGACACUGCGGAAACAAUACUUUUGUGGCAAACCACGGUUUUGAGGCACUGCAAACUCUGGAGAAGUCCAGAUUUUGGGCAGGACAUGAGCAAGACGGAGUCGACAUCUCUGUAAUCCUCAUGGACUUGGAAAUGCCAGUGAUGGAUGGAAUGACUUGUGCGAGGAAAAUCCGAGAAUUAGAAAGAGAAGGUACCAUUGUGACACAUAUUCCGAUCAUUGCGGUUACGGCGUAUGCGAGGCCAGAGCAAAUUGAGAGCGCCAAAGCCGCUGGUAUAGACGAUGUCAUAUCCAAGCCCUUUCGCAUUCCGGAGCUUCUCCCGAAGAUUGAGGAGCUUGUUAGCAAGUACAAGAACCUUUCGGUUGACAAUGACGCGUAG